AUGAUAACGGCUGCGUCAGACGCAGACGCCCCACCAAAUGUUCGAUGGCUUGCUGCUGUUUGCGGGAAGAAUGCAGUUUCAAGAAGCUGGCGACGCCGCACGCAUCCGAAUGCCGUCACGGAGGACGAGAGGACAUAUGUGAAGGACACUUUGUUGCAAAAGCUAGGGGAGCAACAUAGCACAGUUGCGAUACAAAUAUCGGUGUGGGUAUCUAGAAUCGCGCGCAUUGACUUUCCGAAUGGAUGGCCGUCUCUAAUUACCGAUCUGUGUGAAAAAGUGAAGUGCUCUAAUGAGCAGGUGAUGUUUCAUUCAUUGUCCACUCUUGACCUUGUUAUUGAGGGAAUAUCUAGUAAGCGACUGCAUAGUGAUCGCAAGCGGUUCUAUCAAGUGGCCCCAGCGAUCUUCGGAGCGCUGUAUGAGCAUUUUGUCGUUCAUUUGCAAACACUCAUCCAGAAUCCCAAUCGCCAGGAUGGCAUGAAGAAGUCUUUUUCAGUCGUUGAGAAGUGUUUAGAGUGUUUCCAAAAGCUUGUUAACUAUGGCUCUGAGAGAAUCACCGCAUUUCAACACUUGCCAUCUGUCUUCUCUAAAUUUAUAGAUAUGCCGGAGCUCUUCCUCAGAGGUGCGGCAGGUGGCACCGAGCUGCAGUUGAGACUCAGUCAUUUGGCUGCUGAGCUGAUCGUAACGACGCAAAAGCGAGACCCUGUUCACUUCCAGGAGUUUCUUCCAAAGUUUCUGGAAAUUUACUACAACUGUCUGAUGGCGUUCAGAUUUGGUACUUCUGAUGAGUCUGCAUGUUUUCAGGCUGCUCUCUUCGUGAGAAAUGUCCUCGAAUGUCCAGACUACGACCUUGGAAGUGCUUCUUUUGCUGAGUUCAAGGCAAAACGUGGUACCGGAGUGAAAAUGCCGGAUGGUGUGUGCCCCCAAGCUUGUCGAUAUAUAUUGCUUUCGUUUUUCGAUGAAAAUCGGGUAAAUGCCCUCAUUGAGUCGUUGAUUUCCAACGUGUUUAUCCUCAGCAAUCGAGAACUCGAAACAUGGGCAAACGACCCGGAAGCAUUAGUGAGAGAAGAAGAUGCGGCAGAUUGGGGAACAGAAAGUUUGCGAAAGGAGUCGGAGGGGAUCUUUUCAUUAUUGUUCCUUCGAGACUGGCAAAGAAUCGCGCCAAUGAUCACGCGAUUGACGGAAUCCAUACCUGCGGACAACCCAUUGCUUCUUGAUGCGUGCUACCGUGCCCUCGGACGUGCCACUCGAGAUUGUCGGAAUGCCUUCAACUUGGCAGACUCUUUGAAUGGGAAGCUAGGAGCGAUUCUCAAAGCAGAUUGUAGCAAGAAUCUUGGGGAACGUAUUAUACAAGCGCGUGCAGCAUGGCUUAUAGGUCAGUGCGCCGAACAGGUUUCACGAGAAUUGCGACAAAUUGUGAACCCGUUGCUGGUACGACUCAUGGGGUUUACGGAUGGGGACCUGGUGAUUGCGUUGACGGCGACGAAGACGAUUCAACAUCUGGCAGAGGACCUCGGAUUUCACUCGGAGGACUUUGCUCCGCAACUUUCUACUUGCGUUCUUCACUGUUUUCGGCUGGUGAACAUCGCAGAAACUUAUGCGACGAAACGUGACCUCCUUGGGACAAUCGUGAGCCUUAUCCGUCGAUCGAACGCGCAAUACGUAGUUCCGCUCAUUGAGAGCGUGGCAAACGUACUUACACCGUUGUGGAGAAGUCGGCAGAAUGGCGGAGGCAGUUUUCAGACGUCGGGUGAGAAUUUCAAUGGGACGGGAAUUGAAAUGGGAGAAGGAGGUGAAAACCUGCUGCGAGUGGCUAUAGCCGAGGUGCUCGUGGCUAUGAUCGAGAAAACUGGUGAGGCAUCGAUGCAGUCGUCUGGGCUGAGAACAUUGUCGCUGGAGGUAAUUGCGUUUGCCGUAAACGUGGAAAAAGGGAUGGGUGGUUCGUACAUGAUGGAAGACGGGUGCGAGCUGUGGGCGGUCGUUGUGGAAGCUAGCAGUGAGUAUUCGGAAGAGCUGGCAAGGCUAUUUCCUCAAACUGAGAGAAUCCUAGGGCUUGACUUUGACUACCUGCGGGAAGUAUUCCGCCUGCUCGAGGGGUAUGCGCUUCUCGGAAGGGAGCGGUUCAUGAACCAGUACGGGGCGGCGAUGCUUGCAACGCUUCGGCGGGCGCUGGGGUCUGUACGGGACCGGGGUUGCCUAGCGGCAGUGGAGGUGUUAGACGUGAUUCUGCUUUUGUUCCCGAGCGAGGGAGUGGGGUUCUUGGCGCCCAUUUUGCAAGACGCGCUGCAAAAGAUCAUAGAGAAUGAGGAAAGCCAGGUGGUGAGCGCGGCGUACACCGGACUGAUUGCGCGGGCGUGCCUCGUGAAGGUGGGGGACUUUGAGGGCCUGGUGUUGCAAGGGAACGAGAUGGCGGCGGUGGAGGUCGUGGAGGCAAUGCUGAAAAACCUGGACUCGAUGUACAAACUGCGGAGGCGGAAGCUGGUGACGGUUGCGGUGUGCGGCCUAGCGCGGCGUUACGGAAAGAGCACGAGCGUCCUGCAGCGCGUGCCAUCCGUGCUGAACGCGGUGGUGCAGGUGCUGUCCGAGGAGCAGCAUCGGGCGGGGCGGCACGCGACGGAGGAGCAUCCCAAGGAUUUUCUGAACGCGGUGGCGCGGUUUGGGGAGGGGGCCAGGGACGAGGAGGGGUUCACGGGAAAGGGGGUAGAGCUACCGGGGCAGAGGAGGAAGAGGGACAUGUGGGACGGGGAUGUCGUUGAGAAGGUGAAGUUGCGAGAGGUGUGCGGCGGGCUACUGAUGGGACUCAAGGAGGAUGGGGAGGAGAACUACCAGGCGAUCUUGCGGGCGACGGACCCGGUUGUGCUGGCGCAGCUCGGGAAGCUUGUACAGCCUGAUGGCACCGCCUCUUAA